AUGGCAUCGCUCUGGGGACUUUCUACUGAGCGAGUUUUUACAAAUGUUAUCAAAAACACGCCUGAAGAUAUUGGUCCUGGUAAAUACGAUGUCGGUUUAACAAUAGGAAAUAAGAAAAAAUCAAAAGCACCAUUCGGAGCGAAAACAAACAGAAUUAUUUUUGAACAGCCGAAAUUCGAACCACCACCAGUUGGUGAAUACGAUCUUCCUCCAGGAAGUUCAUUAUCAAUUACCUCAGUCUUUCAUUCAUGUUCUCCAAGAAAAUAUUUCAAUCCUUCUGAUACACCUUCACCUGCACAAUACGGAUCUUUGAAAGAUUGGUCUUGCAAACAAAAGAAAAAAUACCAUCCUAAGCCAAAGCCAGCGAAAAUUCCAUUAACGGGAUUUGUCGGUCAACAAAAUGUUUCCGGAUUUGCUCCAAAUGAAGAAGGUGAGUGGCAACCACUUAAAGUUGCUACCCAAUCAGAGAAUGCUAUUGGCCCUGGUUAUUACAAUCCGAAAGAUCUGAAAAAAUCUGUUCAUACCUCUCCUAUAGGAACUUAUCAAGAUAGAGACUAUUUCCUUCAAUCACGUGAUAAUGUUCCAGGACCAGGGGCUUAUUCUCCUCAUUUUGUCAAUAAAAGGAUGAAAACAACUAUUUCUAGAGUUACAAGAGAUGCCGAUAAGCCAACAACACCAUUUAAUGUCGUUCCUCAAAGUGAUUGGGUCAAAGGAAAAACAGAAUCACCAGCAUUCAAGUCUACUUCCAAACGUGGCAUCUUUUCAGAUAUCCCACAAGAUACUCCAGGACCAACAGCUUACGCACCACGUAUCAAGACCAGUCCUGAUAUUGAACGCGGAAAUGUCGAUACAUGUUUUGGCUACAGGCAAAGCAGAAAUACGUUUACAAUCAACGACAAUCCCGGGCCUGGACAGUACUCUUCCAAUGUCAAAUGGAUAAAGAGCCAUAAGUCCCAGCUCUCUCGUUCUAAGUCACCUGAUUUCUUCACUGCGCCAAACACUCCUGGACCAGGAGCUUAUGAAGAAAAUGUCAGACCUUCAACGACUCUAAAUAAGAAGACGAGUCCUUCUUUCGCAAGUCGCACAAAGAGAGUCUUGAGGAAGAUCGAAGAUGGACCAGGACCAGCGGAUUAUACAUUACAAUAUCCAGGUGACAACGAAAAGAUCCCUCCAAUGAUAAGAGGAACUGAAUACGGUGAAGCAUGGAUAGAACCAAGUAAACUUGAUAAUCCAGGACCAGAUGCAUAUCAAUCAAUUGAAUCUAAUGGACCAAGACCAUUAACAAUUCCAACAUCAAAGAGAUUUAGUGAGAAGAAAGAUGAUACCCCUGGACCAGGAGCUUACAAUUUGAAACAUGGAUCAUUCUACAUACCUUCAAAGAACUCUAAUGUUGUUAAUAUUACUGAUGAUUAUUAA